UACGGCACCUCUCGCCGCCAGCCCGCCACCAACUCUGACCCUGCUUCGUCCGUCCCUGGCUGCCUCCCUGCCUCCGAUCAAGAGCGGCGACCAUGGGCAACUGCCAGGCGGCGGAGGCGGCGACGGUGGUGGUGCAGCACCCGGGCGGCCGGGUGGAGCGCCUCUACUGGGCCACCAGCGCCGCUGAGGUCAUGCGCGCCAACCCGGGCCACUACGUCGCGCUCGUCACGCGCCGGCCGGGGGACGAGGAGGCGGAGGGGGAGCGGCGCGGCGCGGCGCGGGUGACGCGGGUGAAGCUGCUCAAGCCCCGGGACACGCUGGCGCUCGGCCAGGCCUACCGCCUCAUCACCGUCGCCGAGGUCGCCAGGGCGCUGCAGGCCAAGAAGGAGGACAAGACGCGGAGGGCGCAGCAGCAGCUCGUGCCGCUCCAGCCCAAGCGCGCCGGAGGGAGAGCCAGCGCCGGCGAGGACUCGCAGCCGCCGCCGCCGCCGCAGCUGGUGGAUGACGGCCUUGAUCUGCAGGACAGGGACGGCCACCGGAGCAAUCCGAGCUCGGCGGCGAACUCCGGCGCCAGGCAUCGCCACUGGCGCCCGUCUCUGCACAGCAUUGCCGAGGUCAGCAGCUGAUGUGACAAAAAUCCGUAGCCGGUGAACGAUUGGCGUUCUAGAGUUCAUGCUCGUCAGUCUUCAGCCUUCCUGCAGAGGAACCGUGUCGAUGCGACAACCCGUUGGUUCGUCAGACUCCGACCCUCGUCAGUGCACAGCGAACGAAAACUUGUCCGGAAAUGGGGCUCCUAGUUUAGCAUCGAGCCCUUGUAAGAUAAAAAGAAGUAGAGGAUCUUGCUCAGGUCAUUUUAGCGAGUGUAAGAUCGGUGUUGGGAGUUGGUGCACACUCUGAAAAUGUUGAAAAAGGGAAAACAAAAAGAACAGUAGGGCUCUGCAGCAGUGCUGCACUAUUAUGCUAGUCUAAGUGAGAAUGUUAUCGACACAGUUAUCUAGACUGAAAUCUUAAGAAAUGUGCCAGUGGAAGGUCGCGUUGAUGACACUCCUCUCACAUUUUAUGA